AAAUUUGGACACUAGCUUGUCAAGUGGAAACAUAACCUGUGGCACUGAGACACAGUAUUUUAAAUGAAGACUGUUUUAACAAUCCUAUAAGCAAACAAAUAAACAAGACCUCCAUGUAAUUACAUUUCAAAAUCUUUCUUCUUAAAAAAUUUUAAGUGCAAAUGAAAUGACUUUUAUUGAUUCUGAAGUGAGGACUGCAAAUAUUAUGCAAAUAAAGAAGCAUCUGGGCUCCAGGUAUCAUUCUCUGAUGUAGCUGGAGAAUUAUUGACAAGGAUAAAGGGCUGGACUUCCUUUUUCAAAAACUCAUGCCAUUUAUCUUAAUUCUGGUACAUCUGAUCAGAACUUCCUCUGCAACCAGGAAACUUUGCAAGUAUGAAAUAAUCUGAAGGAGGGGAUAAAGAAGAGGAACACUAAAAAGAGGAACACUCAAGCAGAUUUAACCAAAAGAGUAGAGGAGAGUUUGGCUCAGCAGUCUCAAGGAGGUGUAUGGAUGGCAGAUCGUCCAACCUUCUCUUUCUUGAGUUGUCUGCUCUGCCAUUAUCUUCCACUCAUUUUUGCUUUGUCUUGUGAUUCAUUGAUAGAAAGUGAAGUGAAGUCAAUUAAAAUCCCCCCCGACACAGUGCAAUUAUACAUUGAGGACUGUAAUGCAAAAAGCAUCACAUACAACAAGAAGGAUCAUCCAAGGCUACGUUUAUUCAGUCUCUCCUCUGAUUGUAUCAGGACUUUGCCAAAUGAUGUUCUUCCACAUCUGAAAAAGAAAUGUCAAAAAGAGCUUCCAGGAUUAUUUUUAAACUCCACCCUAAGAGGAAUUACAUUUGUCUGCACCUGUGAAUUCAUUAAGGGCUCCCCCAUACCACGAAACAACAGUGCUUGUGCAGAAAUGUUAAAAAGCUGUGGAAAUACACCAGUGGCCACUUCUAUAGGAAUUUCCCUUCUUUUCCUCUUGUUAAUCUGUGGAAUUGGGUGUGUUUGGUGCUGGAAACAUGGUAACCCGGUGCAUUUUCCCUUACCAAGGGUCUUGCAAAGGAGAAGCAGCAGGAGAAAAGACAAUACUAAAACACUCUCAAGUCUCCUCACUAUCAGCUCAAGGCAUAAAAUCUCAGUUCAGAACCAGCACUGCAAAUCUUCUGGAAGAGGGACUAACACGCAUGGCAGCUAUGAAAAUGUGGAAAGUGGUGAUCCCAAACAUAAAGAGGUAACCGAUAAAGAACUGUAUGAGAACACUUGGCAGACCAAUUUUGAGGAGCAUAUCUAUGGAAAUGAGAUGUCACCUCAAUAUUAUAACUUCCAGAAACCCAGUACUUCUGAAGACCCUCAAGAUGAAGACAUAUAUAUUCUUCCAGAUUCAUAAUAACUUUUGAAAAUACUGGGUUUAGUUAUCAGAGGAUAUUCACUGGGACUUUUAUUUUACGGAUAUCAUUGUUAAUCAUGUUCUUUGGAUGAAACUCAAUGAUCUUUCAUCUCUCUCCAUCCUCUGAACCUUCAGUGAAUUGCUGCAGGUUAAAUUCUCUUCACUAACUUUUCCCUAGAUUAAUUCUGUGUUAUGUUAUAUUGAUUCUUCCUUCUAAAUGUUACAUGUUCCCUUUCUCUCUUAUUUCUAUCUCCACCAUCUCUUUCUGGCUCAAGAUUGUGUCAGUCUUCUAACUCGUCUUUCUGGCUCCAGAUUCUACCUAUUCAGUCAGUUCCCGUGACACUGCCAAAUUUGCCUUCAGAAAAUAUUCCCAGUGCCACACCACUCCUUCACUUAAAACUUCUUAAUGGCUCCUCUUUGCAAAAGACAUACUGCUUAUAAUUCUAACUCCAGAACUUGCUAUUUGCCACAGUUGGUUCGAGUUCACUUUUUCAGUGACUUCUAGUAAUUUCUCACUUCUCUGCUUUCAUCAGAAACAUCUGAAAACCUGCCAAACUCAUCCAUCUUCCUUGACUUUGCUUGUCUGCCCCCUUUCAAGCCUGCCUCAGGCUGGCAGCUUCUUCCACAAGUCUUCUGAGUUAUUCCAAACCUACCUUUAUAUUUUCCUUUUCUCAUCUCCUAUAGAUUUUGCUGCCUGUUUAAUUCUCUGGGCAUUUAAACAAGUGAAUGCUUUCUAUGGCAUUUUAUGAUUUAAUGUCAUAUGAGAAUGUCUUAAAUUCCUUGCUAAGUAACAAGGAAGCGCCUUAUCUUCAUAUUUAACUCAACUGCCUAGACCAUCAUAUGAGGCAUUUGGUAUGAUUCAAUUGACAAAGAAUUAAAUUGUACACUUUGCUCACUAGUUUUGAGAAAAAUCCAAUAAAUUCAUCCACUAAAGAAAUA